CAGCUGUUUUCUUGUGUUCUAUGUUUAGCAGUAGGGCCUUGUUGGAGGGGACCAUUGUGGUGGACUUGUCGGUUGUGGUUGUGAAAUCUCGAUUUAUUCCUGUAUCAACUGUCAAACGUGAUUUUGUAAGGCUGGUUUUGAGAGGAAAAUCUUCCAGAGACUCUUCCCUGUCCUUUUGUGUAUAAGAAUCCGAGCUUGUGAUUGGUUAAGAGCUGGUCGUAACCAUGGAGAACAAAAAGUUGUUACGCAUCUCGGAGCGGUUGGAGAAAGUCGCUGUGCAGUUGGAACUGAGUUUUGACGCCAUGUUGGAGGAAGGCGACAUUGACCCCCGCACGUUUUCGGACAGCGUUAAGAGUGGACGCAGAAGAAAUGAGAUACCAUUUUACACGAUGUCGUCCGACCUUGCUGGUAUCGUGAAGCGGUUAGAGGUGGUGACGUCCCGUCUGGAGGCGGUGGCGGGCAGUGGCGGCAGCGGUGGCAGCGCAGACGUUUCUGUAGCGGAGGACAGUGGAUAUGUGAAAGCUGGAGUGAAAGAGAGUGUAGGUAGAAGUGCCGGUGGAAAGAAGGAUGUACAGGUGGUACUGACCCCCCAGGUAGAAAAAGCCUUGGCGCCUUUUGUAAAGGAAUACGAUGAGAUCUUGUCUGGAGUGUUCGCAAAGGUGGUGUCUCUCAGUCAGGAAAUAGGAGGGGACCUCAGCAAACAGGUUGUCAUGGUGAAGGAGGCGUUCCAGGCACAGAGAGAGUUCAUCGUUCAGGUCGCCAAGUGUAAGGAACCCAGCCAGGAUGUUUUGCAGAAGAUGCUUCAGCCGACUGCAGUCUGCUUAACAGCUGUUCAGAGCUUCCGUGAGGGGAAUCGAGCCAGUCAGCAGUUCAACCACCUGUCUGCCUUCAGCGAGGCGAUCCCAGCACUGGGAUGGGUCACCAUGAAAAUCCCCGAGGCGAACGACCCAAUGAACCCGAAACCGGCACCGUACGUGAAGGAAAUGAAGGAUGCUGGGAUGUUCUACACCAACAGGGUCCUGAAGGACUUCAAGGACAAAGACCAGCGGCAUGUGGAGUGGGCCAAAGCCUGGAUCCAGACGCUGAUGAAGCUUCACGAUUAUGUCAAGCAACACCACACCACUGGGCUGUCCUGGAACAAGGCUGGAGCUCCGGCAACAGCAGGAACAUCCCCUCCCCCCACCAAAGGUGCUGCACCCCCUCCCCCACCCCCUGGUCCCCCUCCUCCCCCACCCCCUCCUCCUGCAGACCUGACCUCUGGUUCAGGGGGUGGGGACGACAUGUCGGCCGCCAAAUCGGCGCUGUUUGCCGACCUUAACAAGGGAACGGAGAUCACUAAAGGUCUGAAGAAGGUGACGGCAGACAUGCAGACCCAUAAGAACCCCAACCUACGACAGACGGGCCCCGUCACCUACAAACCCGGCUCUGGGCCCAAACCCUACUCCAAACCCACAACAACAACCACUCCGGCACCCAAACUUCAACUGGAGGGGGGCAAGAAAUGGAGCGUGCCUGCAAAGGAGAACCCUCCUGUGCUUGAACUGAAUGGCAAGAAGUGGAAUGUGGAGUAUCAGAAGGACAGGAAGGACCUGGCCAUCACAGAAGCCAACAUGAGGCAGACUGUGUAUGUGUACAAGUGUGAGAACAUCACGCUGCAGAUCAAGGGCAAGGUCAACUCCAUCACAUUAGACAGCUGUAAGAAGGUGGCUCUUGUGUUCGAUGAUGUCAUCGCUGCUGUGGACUUCAUCAACUGCCAGCGUAUACAGGCACAGGUGAUUGGGAAGACGCCGAUCUUUAACGUGGACAAGACAGACGGGUGUCAGAUCUACCUGAGCAAGAACUCGCUGGACACGGAAGUCGUCGGCGCAAAGUACUCGGAACUCAACAUCCUGGUUCCUGACGAAAGCGGGGAGUUUACUGAAUUCGCCAUUGCUGAGCAGUUCAAGACAGUUUGGGACCCAAAAACAAAGAAGAUGAACACUGUUCCAACCGAGGUCGUAGGUUAAAGGAUCUCCGCAACCCCCAAACACACCCUCACAUAUACAGCUUAACUAGAUACAAGGCUUCUUUUGCAUUGGUACAUUUGCAUAUAAAUUUUUAUAGGUUCAUAGGAUAAUAAUUUGAUUCUCUACUAUAUCAAAAGUGGAGUAAAUAUUACUCUGAUAAAUCAUAACUAGUAUUUUACAAUUGACAUUGUAUUCUGUUGUUUUCGAGCUACAUGUAGUCAAGAAAAUGUACUUCAAUGUACUUUGAAAAAGGCUAUGAUGAAAUUAAGGAAAUGUUGGAUCUCUCGGAGAUGGAAUAUUGGAAUAACAUGCAAGUUUAAGGAUCUUGAUUCCACAAAUGUAUGGAUACCUGAUUGAAGAUGUUACUGAAUGACUGUCCUAAGAUGGUACAUUUCCACGAAUUAAACACCUUUUUUCCACCUUGAAACAA